AUGGAAGAGGUGGAACAAAUAGCCAUAGUCGGUAUUGGCUGUCGCUUUCCUGGCGCUAAUAACAUCAGAGAAUUUUGGAACGUUUUGGUGAACGGAGAGAAUCAUGUAAAAGAGAUACCAAAGGACAGAUGGGACAUUGAUGCUAUCUAUGAUCCAGACCCGGACGCUUAUGGGAAAACUAACAUCCGCCGGGCAGGACUUCUAUCUCAACAUGAUGUUUGGGAUAACGACUUCUUUGGAAUUACCAAAAAAGAAGCGGCUGAAAUGGACCCCCAGCAACGAUACGUCCUCGAAUGUGUUCAUAUGGCAUUGGAAGAUGGCGGGAUCACAAGAGCAGAGUUGGAUGGCUCGCCCACGAGUGUGUAUAUAGGCGCCAUGAACAGUGACGCAAAAUCGUCCAAGGACGGGGACUAUUCACUCAUGACCAAUUACACCGUGACAGGAGAUGCGGCCAGCAUCAUCACAGCCCGAGUGUCGUACAACUACAACUUACAGGGCCCUUCCCUUACCAUAGACACCGCCUGUUCCUCAUCACUGGUGGCUAUCAAUCUGGCAACACAGUCUCUAAUAAUCGGUGAGUCUUCCAUGGCGAUAUGUGGCGGCGUUAACAGUAUUCUGUAUCCAGAUAUGUUCAUCACCCUGACGAAGGCCCGGAUGGGUUCACCUACCGGCCAGUGUCAAGCUUUCUCAGCCAAAGCCGAUGGAUACGCCCGAGGUGAAGGAUGCGGCAUUGUCAUACUAGAGAGACUAAGUGAUGCCUUAGAGAAUAACAGAAAUAUAUGGGCGACCAUCCGUACGGGCUGCAACCAAGAUGGUAACACUGCAAAGCCAAUCACUGCUCCCUCAGAAGUCCAACAGGGACAGCUACUUCAUAACAUAUAUCACCACUUCUACAACAUCGAUCCAAGCCAUGUCCAAUACAUAGAGGCCCAUGGAACUGGUACACCCAUUGGUGAUCCCAUUGAAGUCAACACUCUCGGUCGUUUCUUCAAAGAUUAUCCGACACAACAUGGAAAGCGAUUUAUUGGAUCAGUUAAAACCAACAUUGGGCAUCUCGAAUCCGGAGCUGGGGCUGCAAGUCUUAUAAAGACUCUGUUGAUGAUGAAGAAUGGGAAAAUUGUGCCAUCACUUCAUUCGCUUCCGAGAAACCCUAAGAUAAACUUCGAAAAUUAUGUUCUCGACGUGCCAGAGUCAGUUCAAUCAUGGCCUGCUCUACAUGAUGGUUCCAGAGCUGCCUGCAUCAACUGUUUUGGAUUUGGUGGCACAAACAGCCACGCAUUUGUAAAGCAAUGGGUUAAGCUGCCGAUUGAUCCUAAGACACAGACAGACCGUGAUGGCAAGCUUACCUAUAUACCUUUCUCUGCUAAAUCUCAAAUCAGCCUAGUGAAUACAAUGAAACAUUUGGUAAAAAGAUUGAAAGAGGAACCAUGUAAUUUAAAAGAAUUAUCAUACACUGCUUCGUGUAAGCGAGAUCAUCUUCGAUACCGAAGAAUGUUCAUGGAAAGCAGUAUUGCUGACCUCAUAAAAAGUUACAAUUAUGCGAUAGAAACGACAGCAAUCAACAACAUUACACCAGGCAAGGGCUAUAGGAUAGUGAAUGUUUUCUGUGGUGUUGGGACAGCCUGGACCAAAAUGGGAAUGGAACUUGUCAGUGACUUCUCUAUAUUCGCUGACACCCUUACACGUAUUGAUACGUAUCUGAAGCCGUUGACUGGAUGGUCUAUAGCGGACAAAAUACGUGAUGGUGCAGACAUGGAAGACCCAUUCAUUAGUCAUAUUGGUAUUUUUGCAUGUCAAGUAGGAUUGUCAAAUCUUUGGAAGCAUUGGGGAAUAUGUCCUGAUGCGAUCGUUGGUCAGUCUGUUGGUGAAGUGGCGGCUGCCUACUGCAGUGGUGUACUUUCUUUAAGUAACGCAGUUAAAGUUAUCUACCACAGAUCCAAAUUACUGGCAGAAACGCCUAAUGGAAAAAUGAUGGUGAUCACAAAUAUUGACACAACAAAAAUAACACAGAUAUGUCGCAAAGUUGGUCAGGUCAGCAUAGCAGUGUAUAGCAGUCCUGUCGCAUGCACGAUAUCUGGUGACGAUAUCAAAGUCGAAGAAGUGAAAAUCAUAGUAUCAGCAGAUGAUACUUAUAUGGUGAAAAUGCCUCUAUGCAAGGGAUUAAAAACAAAUUUUGCUUAUCACAGCCACACGGUGGAAAAUGCGGCUCUAAGCAUUAAAGAAUGUUUGGAAGGGAUUGAAACUAAUGCAUCAAAUAUACCAAUAUUCUCCACUGUAACGGGAAUGAUGGCAAGCGAUUUCGGCACUCCAGAUUAUUGGCGACAAAAUGUUGCUGAACCGGUUUUGUUCUAUCAGGCACUUCAGGAAUCAGCAGAUGACAAGUCCACUGUAUUCUUAGAAAUUGGACCAUCACCCGUUCUAAGAGCGCAUUUGAGAGACAUAUUUAAAGACAAAGAUGUCACCGCAAUCCCGUCUUUGAAGCUCAACAUGGGUUCAGAUCAAGUUCAGAAAACUCUUCGGGACCUGUUUGAAUUAGGUAUAAAUCCCCGUUGGGAAAAUAUCGUUAAUAAAACCAACCUGUUAGAUUUGCCCAUAUACCAGUUCGAUGGCAAGCACUUGAUGGUGGAGUCGGACUUCCGCUUUCUCAAAAGACAUGGACUGGUUGACGAUUCUUUAGGUCGACACCUUAUGUUGACACAAAAGGAGACCAAAAGAUAAUUCAAGGUCGACUUUAGCCCAA